CUUCAAGUCUAAAAUGCAUUAGAUUUUUGUCAAACAGUGAGUUUCACUGCAAUAUUUAUAUACGAUAUUAUGAAUAAUACUCUAAUCAAGACAACAAGUCCUAACUCGUGUUUCGCGACCCAAUCUGUCGGUUCCCCCUCUCGUACGUUCUCACCUCCGUCUCCAUACACUCCUACGACUAUUCAUCACAGAGAUAUGAGAAGACACUGUCCAUCGAUGACUCCUAACCCUCAUCACACUUCUCCGAUAAGAGUUUUUGAACAAAAAACAAACUUACGAUUCAUGAGCGAUGAGUGCGUUUCUGCCCCUCAAAUGGCACUUUGCGGCAGUGCUCGCGCGAUACAUCCACGUCUUGAAAGUGUUAAGUCCCGUUCCCUAUCCGUUACCAUUCACACGGUGCGUCUGGCGAGGGAUGUGGUGGCAACUAAUGCCUGUGCUCGCACUUAUAUAUGUGCUCCGACGUGUUGGUCUGAAAAUGAGGCACUGGUUAUAGCACCGCUGUAUUAUACGAUUGGGUGCUUAUCAGAGCAGAGAUUCGCCGGCAAAACCAGUGCCUCUUAUCGCCACACGUACGCCACGACUCCCGGCGUACAUACAAGCUCUACCAAUAUCUUCGCGGCCGCGGGUCUGGACGCGGCGGCCGCUGAACUGCACGACCUCAGCAGUCGCAACCAGGCCAACAUCAAGCCCGACAUGUCGUCCAUGGCCUACCACCACCACAUGAUGCAGAGUCGACAGCACCACCCGUCGGAGAUGCACGAGUUCCUCACCGCCGAUCCCAUGUCGGCGUCGCUGCCGUCGGCGCUAGGCUUAGCCCAGGCGUCCGACGCCUCCCACCAUCCGGGGUCGUCGUCCAGCGCUCAACUGCACGCGCCUUCCGCUCUAUACUCCGCUCAUUCACAUCAUCACAAUCCUAUGAAUGUCAAUGGUAUGAUUCCUGGUCUCCAUCAUCAGCAAUUAGCGAGUCAUCAAAUGCAGAACCCCUUUCAUCAUCACCCCCACCAUCACCAGCCACACCAUCCCCACCAUCACAGCCCAUUCGCCACGGCAUCGCCGCAUCACGUCUCGGCCGACCCCUCACUAUUAGACGCCGAUCCGCGAGAGCUCGAGGCGUUCGCCGAGAGAUUCAAACAAAGGAGAAUCAAAUUAGGAGUAACUCAGGCCGAUGUCGGCAAGGCUUUGGCCAAUUUGAAGCUUCCAGGAGUCGGUUCCCUCUCUCAGAGCACUAUUUGCCGGUUUGAGUCGCUGACUCUGUCACACAAUAAUAUGGUGGCACUGAAGCCAAUACUUCAGGCCUGGCUCGAGGCGGCCGAAGCACAGGCCCGGAAGAACCGGAACAACAACCGCGAGGGCGGACCCGAUCUCUGCGUUCUUCCCUCCAGUGAUAAGAAGCGGAAGCGGACGUCAAUCGCGGCCCCAGAGAAGCGGUCACUCGAGGCCUACUUCUCGGUGCAGCCGCGACCGUCCGGCGAGAAGAUCGCUGCCAUCGCCGAGAAGUUAGACCUGAAGAAGAAUGUGGUGAGGGUUUGGUUCUGCAACCAAAGGCAGAAGCAGAAGCGCAUGAAGUACUCGGCGGUGAACGGCCCGGGAGGUCAGCAACAGUAAGCCAUUUAGUCGAUUAGAGAGAAAAAGUGAAAUAAUAAUAAUAAUAACUAAGACUUUAAAUAUGAAAAUACUUUUUAUUGACAAAUAAUGCAUUACUUUAUAAAUUAAG